GCCCGCCCGCUGCCGGUGUCGGGUCGCCGGCAGAGCGGCCCCGCUCCUCUGCAGGGCUGCAGGGCUGCGCAGCUCCUGACUGACAGAGAGAUGAGGGGUGGGGACGCAGGGUGGGGUCACAAGCAGGGAGAGGCGGAGGAGGAAAAGGCAGAGAGAGAGAGCCCAGCCCUUGAAUACACGGCAACAACACGCCGACAGAGAGAGAGAGGGAGAGACACAGAGAGACUGGCUGUUUUUUUUUUUUGUUUUUUGGGGGGGUAAAAGCACAGGGAGCCUUCGACGCCGCGGAUAUGAACUGAAAAGAAACACUGGAAGAGGCAGGGAUCGUGUUCCUAUAUCCCGAAAUAUUUGACUGUAAAGGUGGAAAACUAGCACCCCCCAAAAAGCCCUCCUCUCUCUCCCUGACAGUUCUGAUUCAGAUAGAGCUACACCCAAAGCCCCGACCGACCCCCUCCUGCUCCUGCUGCUCCACCCCUCCGCCGCUGCACCGCUCCGGCAACCGAGAUGCACACGGAGACCCGUAACAAGAAAUGCCAGUCAACUCCAAAGCAGAAGAAGAGUGCGGUCAGUGCCCGGAAGAGGCUGAGGAGCCCGGCCAAGCAGAGCUCCUUGACCCAGCAAGAACCGCCACCUUCUUCAUCACCUCUGCCGCCCACAGUCCAGGAAGAGGAGGAGAAGAAAGAAGAGCCCGCGACCAGGCCACGGCCAACGCAGGGAGAGAAGGAGGAGCUGAAGGAAGUGGCGACACAGUCUGUGAGGGUGAAGGAGGAAGAAAAGAAAGCAGAGGAAGAGGGCGAGAAAGACAUGCCCUCUGUACAGAUCAAACCAGAGCCAGAGGAGAUGGAGUGCACGGCAGAUAUAGGUGAUGACGGCUCACAGCCAAAAGACCUGAAGGUGAAGAAGGAGUGCAAGACAGAGCCCUCCUCGCCUCAUCCGAGCCCCACUGAGGACCAGACUGAGCCCGUUGACCUUUCGCUCAACAAACCUCGCUCCGCUUCGACAACGAGCAUCACAGUCAACCCAGCUCCCAGCAGCGCUGUGACCCAGCCCAGCCUGUCAGCCACACCUGUCCCCUCUGCGGUACAAUCGAUAGGCUCCAUGGUCCUCUCUCCAGGAUCCAUCUUAGCCACGCAGGGCGCUGGAGGCCAGCAGAUUCUCCACGUUAUCCAUACAAUCCCCUCAGUGACCAUGCCUAGCAAGGUGGGCCAGCUGCAGACCAUCCCUGUGGUGGUGCAGUCGCUGCCUGUUGUCUACACCACCAUGCCUACUGACGGUGUCGCCACAGCAGCGAUUACGGUGCCGCUGAUAGGCAGUGAUGGGCGCUCUGAAGGAUCUGUUCGGAUCAAGCCAGGUUCAACAUCUCCAGUGGAAUAUCAAAGUGAAAGCGAUGCAGAGAGCGGUACAGAGUCUGGAUCGGCCUCCAUCAGCGCCCAGAGCCUUGAUGCGGGGUCGGUUAUGGACUUGGAGCCCGUCGAUCCAGAUUCGCCAGACAUCAAGAGGCGGCGGAUCCACAUGUGCGACUACGAAGGCUGCAAAAAAGUUUACACCAAGAGCUCCCACCUCAAAGCCCACAGGAGGAUACACACAGGAGAGAAGCCCUACCACUGUACCUGGGAAGGCUGCACCUGGCGCUUCGCCCGCUCCGACGAGCUGACCCGACACUUUCGCAAGCACACCGGAAUCAAACCCUUCCGCUGCACCGAAUGCGACCGCUCCUUCUCCCGGUCUGACCACCUCUCCCUGCACCGCCGCCGCCAUGUGAUGAUGUGAACUCUGACUUCCUUCCUCCGUCUCCCCUCCCCCGACGCCCCAGCUCCCUAUCAAACUGACCUCUGACCCUUUGAUUUCUCAAAAGCCCCUCACAGCACAUCUUGUACCAGUGCCCCCACACCUCACACGAUACUUCCUGUUUCCCCUCUGCUCUCCUGGAGGAUUUUAAACCCACCUUGCAAAUAGAAAAAAAAGGACUUUACCUUCUCCUCCUCUUCCUCCUCCUCUUCAUCUCACAGUCAUAGGACAAUUGUGUCUGUGUGUUUGUUCGGUGGUGGCAGCAGGAUGUUUUUUGCUGCGUGUGUGUGUGUGUCUGUCAUCAUUACCGUCCAGCCCAAAGCAGUCCUCUCUACCAUCCUCCGACUCAGUCACACAAGAUGUUGCCUCCUCAGAAAGAGAAAGGAUGGACUGAAGGACAUCCAGCAGCAGGGACUUUCAUGCUUCCAUCCAUCCAUUACAUGCAUCAGUCCAUCCAAAAGGCAAAGAGGAAGAGGAGGGCUCACACAGAUGUCACUUCAGCUGCUCUUUUCUUGAUUUACAGUUUUUAUUUUGUUCAUAUCCUGAGUUUGAAAUUUACGUGACUCCAAAAUUAAUUUUCUUGAAGGAUUCUUGGAAGCUAAAGAGACUUCCGAGGACGCCGCUUCCCGCCACAGCUUUUCCAGGAAACGUUUGUUUUUUCAAGUUCUUGAGAACUUUGAGUUUCGUUCCACCCCAGUUGUAUUUGCCUGAGGCAAAUGUGAUCUUACUGAGUGACUUUUUGAUCAAAUAACAGGUAAAUAACUACAUGUUUGAACGAUUACUUCACGUCCUCCUUUCAGCAUUUAUAAGCAGCGUAUGGAUGUCUAAUAAUGGCACUCACGUUCAUAGAAGGUGUCUCUUCCUGUGGCCAUUCAUAAAUGGAUGUUUGCCACAGAGACUCAUGACGAUAUAAAAUACAGCAUUACUAAAAAAUGCGCCAGAUAUCAUUAUAGCUCCUUAAAUAUUAAGUAGCUACGACUUGGAUGACGGUAAACUGCGUACAAAUGCUGAAUAUUUGGACUGUCUUUGGAUUUCAAAGUGGAGCAGUGGAGUAGGGCAGGUCCUGGAGUUCUUUAGUUCCUGGUUCUGUUUGUAAAAGUAAAAGAACCAAAACUCAUUUAUCAUAAAUUUAGAUGAGGUAUUUACUUAACUGUGCAUAUCGGGGUGUGUGUGUGUGUGUGUGUGUGUGUGUGUGUGUGUGUGUGUGUGUGUGUGUGUGCGUGCGCGCGUAGUUUAUUCACAGCAGCUGAAGUGACGUCAAAUGCAUCAGCAUGUCUGAUUAAAACACUGCGCCCCACACUCCCACUGCCAUUCGCCUCCUUCUGCCCUAAACCCCCGCCACCUCCCACGGUACAGGGAGCUACAAGACUGUGAACUUAAUAAAACUUCAUUUGUUUUCAUUGAAUCGAUCUAUCGAUCACGUGGUUGUUAUCGCCCCGCCCCCUUGCCCGCCGCACACACCUUUCUGAUUCCUCUUGAAUAACAGUAUUUGCUUUGUUUGCGCCGUCGUCGCUGUUGUUUUAUCAGAAAAACACAAAAAAAGGCCUUUAGUCCUGUCUACAUUUUUUUCUUUUCUUUUUUGGUGUUCUAAACAAAAUGUUGUUCUUUUGUUUUUUAUUUAAAAAGAAAAAAAACUUUCAGAUCUUUUUUUGUCUUUGUUUUCUGAGGCUGUGAAAAAGACAGAGGAGACACAAAUAGAUUGAGAAUACAAGUAAAACUCUCAUGCAGGGAAUAGGGGAGCUUUUCUGAGUGUGCGUGUGUGCGUGUCCGUGAGUUAGUGUGCAUGUUUUGAGACAAACACAUAAUCAAGAAUUUAAGAUUUUUAUGAGUGCGUUGUUCCGGGCACUUGUUGUUCUUUUACCUCUUGCCCGUCGAGCCUUAAUAACCGAAGUCAAUCUGUAAGGGCAAAACUAGAACCGCCGACAGACGAACACUGGCCACAGCGUUCGCUUGAGUUCAGUUGUUUAGUUUUUGAAGUUUAAAAACAGGAAAUUAAAGGUGUUAUGUGUGGAAUUUGUUUCCGUAUUUGGUGAGAAAACAUGCUUGCUGAUUUUCAAGCCUUUUAAAAUAGAAAUUGUAGAGAUUUUAACAUUUAUUUUAACAGUGUCACCAAAAUGAGUUGAACCUAAAGCAUUUCAAAGUUUUAACAAAUCAGAUGGUUUGAGAAUUUCCAGCUUUUGCCCAUCAGACUCUUUUGAGACUGUUCUUUUUUAAUAUAAUUAAAUGUUUUUGUAACCUUGCAUCGUUAUGAGAGCAAGAGGACUGAUAACGGAGUGGUGAAGGUUGUCUGUCGGUGGUUCUGGGAGAAAUCGGGCGUCUCGUAGGGUCCAGGCGCCUGGGGUUUAAACCACGGGGAAACUUAAGCGCUCUCCUCACUAGCAUUUCUACCAGGGUGGGGGUCAAUUCACUCCGGUUUGUUUUUAAUGGCGAUAGAAUCUCAGUUAAAAGCCUCGAGUAGAUACUAACAGAUGAAUCGUGUCGUGUCUCGAAUUGGGUUCUUUUGGAGCAGAAUCGACCCCCGCCUCACCCUGGUUCCUUACCCACAGUGUCCAUGUCUUAAGUGGGCUGGUUUUCAGCUCCUGAUCCGGGCUGAACUUGAUUAUGCAACAUAGCGCAGACCUCGCUCCAAGCGCUGUUCUGAUCUCAGUCGUAGAGCACUAGCUGGUAGUUGGAUUCCUGAUAAGCAGCUCACGUAGGGUUGUUGCAGGAACCUUAAGAGGAAGGUCAGGUUUUGGUAGAGGCCUGCGCUGUUGAUCACAACUCUGUGUUGGUAUAUAAGACUUAAGGUGUGGAAACACAUCCAUAAUUUCAAACAGACUUGGUAAUGAGCGAGUGGGGAGCUGGGGUUGUGAUGGACGGAGCAGGCUUUUCUCGUCCUGGCUCGUCUCUUUUCAAGCAACACCCCCCCCCCAUUUUGCUUUGAAUUCGUUCUCGCCAUUUACAGUCGUCUUUGUCAUCAUUUCAGAAGCUAGUAAGUGAGAGCAAAAUGUUUUACAUCUUGACUUUUCACAUUGCGAUAAAUGAGAUGGACAUGCAGGCUUGCUGUGAGCUGAGCGCAUGCCGUGAAGAGGGCAGAUUUGUUGCGUGGUCUGCGCGCUGCGAAACAGAAGAGAAUCCGUCUUAGCCGAGUCACUGAAUAUGGUUUAAAAAUGAGGGAAUCUGUUCCUGUCUUUCCAUUUCCCAUCAGGGGAAGCAUUACUUAGAAUUCAGUCACUCGUUUGGAAGGAUUUUAAUGGUUUAUUUGUUGUGUUUUUGCAGCGCAGAGCAAUGCAAUGUUCCCAUUUCUCUUAACAUCCCCUGCUUCAAGUAAAAAAACAAAAAAAGAAGUUACUAAGCACAUCUUUCUAGAAGAGUAUAUGCAUUUGAUUGCAAUUUUCUUUCUUUUGUAAACUGUUGAUAAAGACAUUAAGGACAAUGACAAAUAAUUAAGAGAAAUCCAUGUACAUAAAUGUAUAUAAUCAAAGUGCAGAGUAAAUGUAACGGGUGAAUUUCUAUUUUUAACACUGACUAGAUAAUGUGAAAAAUCUUUUUUUUCUCUCUCUUCUUCCUCUGUUGGUUUGAUGAAAUGUGUUUUUCAUCAUGUGUAUUUUUUUUUUCAAUCUAAUACAUUUGUUUCGUAGUUUCUUAAAAAAAAACAAUUAUAUGGUCCCACUUGUGUUGUGCACAUUUGUGUUGCAUGGAGAGUAGCCUUCUUGUUUUCUUAUAGUGACGUUGGUGAGCAUGUCAAGUGCGUGUGAGACCGUUGAGAUGCCCCAGCAGGGGUGGGGGUGGGAAACGACCCCCUACUCAACUAACUAGGGAUUCAUUAUAACAACCGAGCUUAAUGUCCCAGUACUGGACCUGGUUUUAAAUGUCAAGUUAAAUGUGAGAUUCAGUUGGUUUGGGUCAGACCCUUUCCCCCCUCCUUCAGCUUCAGGUGUGUUCUGCUCCGAUAAGUUAACAGGAAAUAAGAGGAAGUCCCCAGAUUUACAGUAGCCAGUUUAAAUGUGUUGAUAUGUUUCUCCUUUUUAAAAUCGAUGUUAAAAUCCAAGCAGCAAAAACAUUAUUCAUGUUAGAUCAGUCAAGUGCUGCACUAAAUAAAAGGUUCUUUUAAAGAUAGAUAAUUGAAGUACAAAAACAAAACACAGAGCUACUGAUUGUGUCUUCUCCUUAGAUUCACUUUUUAUCAGACCAGAUGUCGCAUACCUUAUCUGUUUCUGGGGCUUUCUGGCUCCACGUUGUUACAGUUGAGGUGCGUGGACGUUUCUUUGUGGUGCUAACAGGAAAUGGGGUUCUGGUUUUUCCAGCACAUUCAGUUUUAUCUCUCCAUCGGCCUCGUGUCUGUUUCGGAGAUGGCUUUCGAUUUUUUUGUUGUAUGUGAAUGGAAUCGUUGAUCUUUCCUCGACCACACACACUAACUGCUCGGCACUGACCUCGUUUAUCGUUUAAAUGUCAUCCUUAUGACUAAUUAGUGGACGAGGUCAGGAAUGAAUGAACGUUUAGUAGAAAUCCAGCGAAAUCUCAAGACCUCCAAAUACAGCUUCUUGUCUCCUUUUAGCACCACGAAUGAAACCUCCCCUCUCACAUAUCUCAAAUAUAUCGUAACAGAGGCAGAAAUCCCAAAGAUUAAUGCAUUAAAUAAAGUACCCCUGAAUGCUAAGCCCCUGUAUUUCUGGGAAUGUUAACCCCACAGAGCACAUGUACUCUGUGUCAUUUAGUAACUGCUAUUGGCCCUUUUGCUUUACAAGCACACUGAUCAGCUCAGUUGGUAUAUUUGCACACCGAGACAAACUCACACACGCACUGAAACCUCUGGAGACACGCCGACAAUGGUCGGUUAUUAACAUCCGAGCCUGUUGACUACAACCCGGGCAGGAUAUUUUCGCUGGUGUCGGAGCUUUGGCAGGAAGACUGAUGCAUGUGUACAUUUAUCUCCUGCUUCUUGUUGGUUUGUGCAAGCUUGUUUUUCCUCAGUAUUCCUCUUUUUUCCCUUUUCCUCCCCUUUAUGUUCUUGUAUAAAAGCAGGAGUGUGAAAAAAAGAACCAUAAAGACAGAGUUUUAUCCCUGCUGAAACCGUAACGGGAUCGAGUUCGUGUCUGAGGGUGACGUCACGUCUGUGCGCGAGUGCCUCGACUCACCACGAAUCACAUCUUCUUCUGCAAAUCUGGAACUUUUAGGUAUUUUCUAUUGAAUGCAGUAACUUAUGGGCCAGUACUAUAUUUACUCAGUGCAAUGCAGUUAUCAUUAUAAUAAUACAAUUAUUAAUAAUAUUUUUCUUUUUUGUAUUUGUACAGAACAAAUGUGUAAAGAUCAGUGAGGAAAACGUGAGCUUUUUGAUACUGUGACUCAUGGUGUUUAAAAGUCAGUUUCUCCCUGUACAGUUGUGAUUAUUUUCCCCUCCCUUUCUUCUUCUUUUAUAGAAUAAAACAUGUUUUUGGUGCAAUUUAA